AUGGGGGUCGCAGACUUAUUGACCAACACCCAGGCCGACGCUGGCAACAAAUCCGAUUCAUACUAUAAGCUCAAGCUUUCGCCAUUGCGAUACAAGCUUCGAGCUAUGUUAUUGCCCAUCAUCGCUGAGGAAACCCGAAUGGUGUUCAAGAUUCAAAAACGGCUCCGGUGUGAUUUCUUGGACGUGUAUUUUGCCUGGAGCGCCAAUUUGGCAUCGCACACGUUUUACGUGAUCAUGUUACCGUUGCCGUUCUGGUUUGGGUUUGUUGAGAUCACCCGGGAUUUGGUAUGGGUGCUUGGGUUUGGGAUAUUCAUUUCCGGGGUGGCCAAAGAUUAUUUCUGUCUUCCACGUCCCCAAUCCCCACCGUUGCAUCGGAUCACCAUGAGCGGGUACACUGCCAAAGAGUACGGGUUCCCAUCGUCGCAUUCUGCCAAUGCCACCUCGGUGACGAUGGUGUUGUUCUAUUACUACUUACAGUUCUAUUUUGCGGAAAUGGGGUGGUUCCCGAACCUUGCGGUGUCGCUAUUUGUCGUGGGAUACUGUGUGAGUUUGAUGUUUGGGAGAGUUUAUUGUGGGAUGCACGGGUUCAUGGACGUGUUGGGCGGCACGUCAAUUGGGGUAUUUUGUUUCAUUUCUCGGUUGCAAAUCUCGAAGAUUUGGGACCCAUUACUUACCAGCGACCAAUUCCAUUGGUGGCUCCCGGUAGGAGUGGUGGUGUUUGUGGGGUUAUCCGUGCAUUUCCAUGCCCAACCCGUCGAUGAUUGUCCGUGUUUUGAUGACUCGGUGGCGUUUAUUGGGGUGUUGCUCGGUCUUGAGUUGUCGAAUUAUUAUAUGGCGAAAUACGAUUAUUUCAAACAAGUGGUGGAUCCCGCGGCUGGGGUGACUUCGACGGUGACGUUGCCUUAUUCAUUUGAAUCAUUGGGGUGGUUCAAGACUAUUGCCAGGGUGGUGGUGGGGGUAGGACUUGUGGUGGUAUGGAAAGCGGUGAGUAAGAAAUUCUUUCUUCGGUUAUUGACCCCAGUUUACGGGAUGUUGGGGGUGUACAUCCCCAGGAAUUUUGUGAAUCCCGUGAGUUUAUCGAAUGAAUCGUACGACAAUAUCUAUCAAAGUUCAAUGAAGAGGCUCGAUGAGGAUGAAGUCGCCGAUUUCCCAAAGUUUGUCAAGAGUAUCACCCAAAGACCAACGCAGGUCGAGGAUCAACAAGGUGAUAAUCCUCCAGAGUCCAUUGGCACACAUAAAAAGCAUGAUGAUGAUGGAGAAGAAGCAAAGGGUCAUAAAGGGGUGUUGGAAACUUGUGGGGCGUUGAAGCCAAGGUAUGAUGUGGAAAUCGUCACCAGAUUGAUUGUGUACGCAGGGAUUCCGUGCAUGGCGACGGUUGGAUUUGCGGUGGCGGUGAAAUUAUUGGGACUCGAUUACCAACCUUAUAAAGUAUAG